CGUCUGCACACAUGAGACCGCCCACAAAAGAAAAAAUCUUCAUUUGAGCUGCUGUGAUGCUGCCAGUGCUCGUUGACUAUUCGGAAUAUAUAAGAUAUACAAGUAUGAGAAGUCAUUUGCACAGACAUGGAUAAAUAUGAGAGGUUAAAGAAGAUUGGGGAGGGAUCCUUUGGGAAAGCCAUCUUGGUCAAGUCAAGGACAGAUGGCCGACAAUAUGUUAUCAAGGAGAUUGGUAUCUCCAGGAUGUCGAACAAGGAACGACAGGAAUCACGUAAAGAGGUGGCAGUUCUGGCUAACAUGAGCCAUCCAAACAUUGUCCAAUACAAGGAAUCCUUUGAAGAGAGUGGUUGUUUGUACAUUGUAAUGGACUACUGUGAGGGAGGAGACCUGUUUAAGAAGAUCAAUAAUCAAAGAGGAUCUCUUUUCCCAGAGGAACAGAUUCUUGACUGGUUUGUGCAAAUCUGUCUGGCUCUUAAACAUGUACACGACCGCAAAAUCCUACAUAGGGACAUCAAAUCACAGAAUAUUUUUCUGACCAAAGAUGGUACUGUGCAGCUUGGAGACUUUGGAAUCGCUAGAGUUUUGAACAGCACCGUGGAGUUGGCAAGGACAUGUAUCGGCACUCCUUAUUACCUGUCGCCAGAGAUAUGUGAAAAUAAACCAUACAACAACAAGAGUGAUAUCUGGGCCCUGGGAUGUGUCCUGUAUGAAAUGUGCACGCUUAAGCAUGCAUUUGAAGCAGGAAACAUGAAGAACCUGGUGCUGAAAAUCAUCCGUGGUUCAUACCCGCCUGUUUCCAUCCAUUACUCCCCAGAUUUGCGCUCUCUCCUGGCCCAGCUCUUCAAGCGUAACCCCCGGGAGAGACCCUCCGUCUCGACCAUUUUGGACAAGCCUUUUCUUGCUCGCAGAAUUCACAAGUUUCUCAGCCCUCAGCUUAUUGCUCAGGAAUUCAGCCAUUCAAUUCACCUUCAGCCCAAAAUGAGUGUGGCCCAUGCAGCACCAGCCAAACGUCCAGCCCCAGGCCCUAUCCCAAUCACCUCAGCUCAGAAAAUCACCAAACCAGCAGCCAAAUACGGAGUGCCUUUAACAGUGCGGAGACCAUCUGAAGUCGCCAGGAAGGUCCCAGAUGCAGCAAAGAAACCAGUUAAACUUAAGCAGGCUCCCCCUCCUGCAGCGGUUCAGAGGAGAGUGAGUCGAGUGGAGGAGGAGAGGAGAAAGCAUGAGGAAGGAGUGAGGAAGAAGCGGAUGGAGAUGAUGGAAAGAGAGAGAAAACAAAGAGAACAGAUGUUGUUACUGAAGGCUGCUCAGAUGAAGAGAUUUGAGAGAGAAAAGCUGAACCGAAUCAACCGAGCUCGAGAGCAGGGCUGGAGACACGUGCUGAGUUCUAGUGGAGGAAGCAGUCCUGAGCGGAAGUUUUAUGGAGGUGGCGGCGGCAAUGGAGCUCCCCAUUCCCCAGGAAUAUCUCCCUUUCCUGUGCCUGGACCCUCCCCUGUUCCUUCUUCAGCUUUAGCUCCAAGCAGAGCGCCAUAUGACCGCAUCCACCCUUCAGCUGAAAAAUUAACCAAACCUACACCUAAAGAUGGUGCUGGUGAAGGAGCCGUGCAUGCAGGGGACAAUGGCAGGACUUCUUCAGACUCAGGGACUCUAAAUGGUCAUGCCUGCAUUCCUGUUAAGAAUGGCGUCAGGAAAGAACAACGUAAAACAAGUCUCCAAAAUGAGCAGAUUUCAAAGAUCGACUAUGCCAAUAGGUUUCGAGGUCAGCUGGCAGUAGAGAAAUCCAAGCAGGUGGAGGAGUUUCUACAGCGGAAAAGAGAAGCCAUGCUGAAUAAAGUUCGUGCAGAAGGACAGCUGGGGGCCCGGCAAAACCUGGCCGCCAUCUUUGCAAGCUGGACAAACUCCUCCCGAUGCAGGAGACCCCGAGUGAACAAAGAGGAGGAGGAGUAUUUGACCAGAUUACGACAGAUCAGACUACAGAACUUUAAUGAACGUCAGCAGAUUAAAGCUCGGCUCAGAGGGGAGAAGUAUGACAGUGAUGGCUCAGACAGUCAGGAGUCAUGUGAAGAGGCAGUGCUCAGGAUGAAGAAGAUUGAGGCUUUGAAGGCCCAGUCAAAGGCUCGUGCUGCUGUACUGAAAGAGCAGCUGGAAAAGAAGAGAAGAGAAGCGUAUGAAAGAGAGAAGAAAGCAUGGGAGGAUCAUCAGCUUGUCGCUCGAGGAGUAAAAGUUGCAGUUGGGCCUGUGGGUGGGACUCCCUCUCCUGCAGCCCCUCCAACUCCACCAUCUGACCCCACCCCUCAGGAAGCUCCUUCUAAAGCCACACCCUCCUCUAGACCCAGCACUCCAGCCAUCUCUAUGACUGCUGCACUGAAGGAUGUGGGCGCGAUUUCAUCAGGGCAGAGUUCUCCUAUGAAAGAGGACUCCCUUAAAGUUGAAUCAUCAGAUGUACAGAGUGACAAGAAGGAGAUUCUUCGCAGACUUAAUCAGAAGGUUCAGACCACUGAGGAAGUUUCUGUAAAAGAGCCCACACCCUCCAGCAAUCAACCAUGUCCUGAUCCUCAGCCAGUCCAACCCUCCAUCACAGAGGAAAGGCCUUCCACAGCUGCAGAUAGGAAGAAGUGGGAAGCCGUAGCUCCACCCAUACUGUCUGUUGCUGAACAGACUCUCGAGGAAACCUGUGCUACUCUGGCAGUGUCUCAGGUGGCAUCACCAGAAACGAAUACUCCCUCGUGUGGAGACAGGAAGAAAUGGCAGACAGAUGGUGUUCCUCUUCUGUCUGUGGCUCAGCAGACACUGGAAGAAACCAGCUUUAGAACAGCUGGUCAAUUAACAGAAAAAACAGUAGGUGAAGUCAUUUGCAUGGAUGCCUGGCAGGGGGAGGGGCUAAGGAAGGCUUGGGGGCAGAGUCCAGAUUCAGAGGUUUUGAAGGUGUUGGAAGAGGCAGAACUUCAGUCAUUUACUCAGAGACUAGAUCCUGCCAGCACGUGUGACCAAACACUGACUGAAAGCCUUAAUCCCAUUGAGGAAUCGGAUGCCACUAAUGAAGCCAAGCAAGUGCCUCCUCCUGAACCGUGCCAGCCUGCCACUGACCAUGACAAACAAGAAGUGACAUGUCAAGAGACAGUGCCAAUCAUAGAAGAGGUUAAAAGUCAGGAACUUAUCCAAACAACAGCAGAGGGGACAGAAAAAUCUCAUUCUGCAGAAAGUGACAUAGAGGUGGUGGAUGAUAUGGAGUCAGUUGUUCUGGAUGAUGUACCACAGAAAACCGCAGAGCCGCCCCCUGCAGAAGUAAUUCAGGCGUGGACUAAAGACACUCCAGAGUCUCUGCCAGCAGAGGGCAGAGUAAUACAAGCAGAAUGCACAGAGGUACCUCAGAGAGAAGAGAAACAUCCUGAACCUCCAGCAGAUGAGUCUUUGUUUGUGAAGUUAAGCAGUAGUCCAGCUCACAGACGCACAGUAGCGUUGGCCAUGCUGUCUGCUCAAUCCUCAUUGGAAGACUCUUCCUCUGCUGCCUCACGUUCUCGAUCAGUGUCUCCACUGCGCUCCCACCGCCAUGAAGAUGCACUGCUCAUCGGCCUCUCCACUGGCCUCUUCGAUGCAAAUAACCCAAAGAUGCUAAGGACGUGCUCCUUACCAGACCUCAGUAAGGUGUUUAGUGAUGCUACAGGACCUGAAGGUGCAGCCGCUCCUGACAGCAACCUAGAAAUUGAAGAUCUGGAAGAUAAAGCAGAUGAGCAGUCUGAACCUGAGGAUGUGUAUGAGGAUGACGAUUUAAGAGAGCUCAGAGCAUCUAUGGAGAGGCUUCUUCAGGAGCAGCACAGUGAAGAUGAUGAUGAUGAAGAAGAGGAUGAGGGUGGUGGAUCUAAUGGCAGCCCGGCCGAUGAAGAGCCAGCUGGUCUUAAUGGGUUAGCUAGUGCUGGUGAUGACAAACGCAGCCCAGAGGAAGAGACUUUUAAUGGAAUGGCUGAAGAUGAUGAGGAUGUUAGCCAUGGUGAAGAAGAACCAGGAGGCCCAGUCACAAAUGGAAUGGAAUUUGAAGAUGAUGAAGAGCAGAACAGCAGUGAAGCACAGCUCAAUGAGGAGUGGCAGUCAGAUGGCAGCGAGGAGGAGGACGACGAAGAGCUGGAACAGCAGGACAGCAUCUUCAGUCGUCUGGAGGAGCUGCGGCUUCAUCUAGAGCAGGCCAUGGGCUUUGAGAACUUCAUCCAGGCCUACAACAAGAUCAAGGCUAUUCAUGAGGAUGAGGAUGAAAACAUUGCAAUGGGCUCCAGCAUGGUGCAAAACAUUUUGGGAACUGAGCACCAGCACUUGUAUCCUAAAAUCCUCCAUUUGGUGAUGGCAGAUGGAGCUUACCAGGAAGAUAAUGAUGAAUAGAAGUUAUUCAUCCGUGCUGUUGGCAGCCUUGGACAAUCUGCUGGCAGGCUGAAGUGUUCCCAUGAUGCACUCUGACAGGCCGAGGAGGUGCAUGUGGGGAAAGGGGAGGGAAAAGGGGGAAAUGGGCCACUCAAGCAUGGGCAGUUUAGAGUCCACGCUUGACCGUAGUUCUACUUCCAUAUCCCAAGCAACCGAAGCACUGCUCUGUAAAUUUUGUGCAUAUAAAUGUGCUGUGGAUAAUAAUAUUUAACCAAAGCGUAGCCGAGUGUUAGCAGGCGAGAGGUAGGACGUCCCGGACGGAGAUGUACAUGCGUGUCUUCCUAUAGCUGAUGACAGACUGUGUGUGUGAAAAUGCUGCUCAGGCUGUAUUCACAACAGCUGAAGCCCUGGAAACUGCUUUUUAGGGCUCUAGACUGGCCAGGGAGGUCUAGUUCAGGGGGACGGAGGUCAAUUAUCUGCCCAAUAUCAGGUGCUCGCACACAACGGGCAGCCGGUUUUUAACCAGCUGUCUACCUCAGACAACAGACAAGUCUUAACUGCUAGUCUAAAAAUACCAGUCUUCUCAAAUCUUUUCUGAAAGCUCUUUUUCUACUUUUUACACAUUGUUUAUUUGAUAUCCUCAGAAAUUAUUUUGCCUUAUUCAAGAUUUCUUCCCGAUUCGAUGAGGCUUAAUGCAUUAGGUCCAGAUAUGGCUUUUAUUUAGGGAGCUUGAGUAGAUUUACUAUGCAUAUAUCCAGUGUUUUAACACACUUGUUGGCUUUAGUAAAGGGAUUGUUCACCCAAAUAAUAAUAAUAAUCAUCAUCUAAUAUUGUUUACUGGAAUUAUUAUUAUUAUUAUUGUGAAAGUAGAUAUUUUGAAGAAUGUUUACAAUUUUUGCACAUACAAUGAUAAGAAUAAGGAUUAAAACAACACUGGUCCCCAUUUACGUUUAUUGUAUGGACAAAAAAACAAACAUAAAUAGCGAUUUAUUUAGUUUUUUUGGAUGAGCUAUCCCUUUAGAAGCGUUUAUAAACUGCGCAUGUUGUAUGCAGACUCACCUCUAACGGGACGAAUUGCUCAUUUUAGCUGGCAGAAUGUGCUACUUGAAAGUGUACAGAAUUGUAAAAAUAACUUGCAAGCAUUAUCGUUUGGUUGCAUGUCAGAAUAUGUAUAUCUUUGUACCGAGAAAUAAAACUUCUUCUUUUUUUCUUAAA